AUGUACUCUGUAAUUGAUGGCGCACAUAAAGCCACAGCAGCCCUUGUAGAGGUCGCUGGGAAUCAAUUGCCAGCAGAAAUCCUCAAACAUCUCCCCGAUGUGAACUUGACGACAGCCGAAGAUGGAACCAAGAUUUAUUUUCCAUGCCCGUUCAAGGAGACCGAAGCGACGGUAGCACUGAAGUCAAUUGAGGCGUGUGCAGUGGCAGCAAUCGCGAAUCUCCGAUAUGGAGAGAAAUCGCGAAAAAUCGAGGUCAACCUCGAACGAACCGCCACCUUUCUAUUUUCCACCUACAUAGCUACAAUAGGCGGGAAAGGGAAACAAGAUCCGGAGGCGAAGUCGAAGUUAAAAGACACCGAUUUGCUUAAAGCACAAUCGAUUUUGUAUCGGAGAUUGUCAGCCAAUCUGUAUGAGACAAAGAACCCAGGAGAAUACUUUCAUAUUCAUGGAUCUCUUGAGGCAGGUAAAACUUUGAAUAUGAUUGGCUUGGAGUCGCACCGACCAGACUUGACUGAUUACCGUCAAUGUAUCGACACUAUCGAGAGCCACGUAAAGAAAUUUACCGCCCAGGAGCUGGAGACGAUGAAUGCCAAAAUAGGUCAGGCAGGUGUUUCCGUCCUAAAAUGGCCAGAAUUCAAGGAGACCGAGCAUGGCCGAACAUUACUUUCUCUGCCACCAUGGGAACUAACAAGAUUGCAAGAUCCUUCACCCGUUGUUCCUUUUGAUUCCAGUACAUCAUCUGGAGAAAGCCGGCAGGUGCUAAGUGGAAUUCGUGUAUUGGAGCUCUGUCGCAUCAUUGCAGGACCGGCUAUCGGCCGCACUCUAGCAGAGUAUGGAGCGCAGGUCAUCAAAGUAACCUCUCCCAACUUGUCUGACGUUCCUUUCUUCCAAGUUGACGGCAACACCGGCAAGCACACUUGCGAUCUUGAUCUGAAAACUCUGUCCGGUCGACAAACUUUCGAGGGGCUGCUGCAAUCUGCAGAUGUCGUUCUCGACGGGUUUCGUCCCGGAAGCCUCGAUAGACUCGGCUACGGACCUACGCAGAUAGUAGAGUUAAUCAAAGGCAGAGGGAAAGGUAUUGUUUACGUCUCGGAAGACUGUUUUGGUUACCAAGGACCUUGGGCAAGCAGACCCGGUUGGCAACAGAUUGCAGACUGUGUAACUGGAGUAGCAUGGGCACAGGGUGAAUUCAUGGGACUCGAAGAGCCGGUAGUCCCUCCCUUCCCUAUGUCCGACUACGGGACUGGAUGUAUGGGAGCUGUUGCUGCCUUGACGGGACUUUAUCGACGAGCAACUGAAGGUGGUAGUUGGGUUGGCAGAACUAGUCUGAGCCAAUACGACAUUUUCCUUCUAGGUUUGGGUCUCUAUGGCGAAGAUGUAAAGCAAAAGAUUCGAAAAGAGCACGACGAAGAGUUCUUCAAAUUGCGACAUGCCGAUAGCGUCGACGAGGUCGGCGGUAGAGCGCUGAGAAGCAUGAAGAGAGUUCAUCCGGAGCUAUUCGACGAUUCGCUAAUGCAAAAGACGUUCAGUAAAGGAUUCGGAGAAGAAAUAAAGUGGUGUAGAAGCCCGGUGACUAUCGACGGAUUGCGAGUGGGGUUUUCGAGAGCCAGCAGACCCAAUGGCUACGACGAAGCCAGCUGGGAGGGUUGGGAGGUCGAGAAGGCAGUUGUUGACGGUUAG